AUGUUGACUUCGUCAGGACUGAUCGCAGCCCCGUCCACGCUCGGAAUAGUGCGGGCCCAUGCCGCCAGGGGAGCCCAUGCCGCCAGGGGAGCCCAACCCCUUGUGUUGCGGGGGCGCACGGCCUCGAUCGCGAGACCGCCGCGGAACGCGGCCCCCCGCGCGCACGCCGCUCCGGCUGCGGGUGGGCGCGAGGCUGCUCCGCAGGCUGCCGAUCGCGCCCCGGCACCCGUUCCGCGCGUUCCGCGCGCGUGGAUGUGUGUCGGCGCCCUGUGCUGCGUCCCGCUGUUGCCCCUGGUGGGCAGGGCGUGGCAGGCGCUGACGGCGACGCUCUUCGGGCACAUGUUCCAUGCCCUGGGCUGCGUCGCGACGACCACGAUCGCGGCGAUGAACAGUCCGUGGCGGCCGCAGGAGGUGUGGCUGCCCCUUGUGCUGCUCUUUGGCACGCAGCGAACGAUGCGCGCUUGUCACGCGCUCUCGUGCGCGGUGCGGGCCAAGAUCGGGCGGCCGCACCUGGAGGACUACGACGGGAGCGUGUGGAGCCGGCUCACUCCCGUCGUGCAGUCCCUCGGUCGCGCGUUCGCCGUGCUGUGGGCCUUUGACAACUUCACGGCGGGCCUGGAGGCCGCGGGGGCGGCGGUGAACUACGCGCACCCUGUCGUGGCCGGAUUCAGCGACGCCGUCUACGUCGUCUGGGCCACGGUGGUCCUGCUCCACUUGAAGCGCGCAGCGACGCCGGCCUUGCAGCGCCAGCUGGGCAUCGACCAGGGACGCGCCGAGGUGGUCGAUCGCGUGCUGACCGUCUCGCUCGUGGGCCUCUCCGCGAGCAUGUGCAUGGUGUGCACGGACAUGGCCCUCGCCGCCGUCGGCCUGGCCGCGCUGUCCGGCCUCGCCGCUUGCGUCGCGCUGCAGCCCCUUCUGCAAAACCUCCUCAGCGGCAUUGCCCUCGCCAUCCUCCGCCCGUUCUCCGAGGGAGACGUCGUCGUCGCAGACGGGGGGAAGGUGGAAGGUAUCGUCAUUCACGCUGGUUGGCUCGUCACGAAGGUGUUACUCUCCAGGGACACUGCGUGCGUCACGGUCCCGAAUUCUCAGAUGAUGCGGUCGGCGAUCGCCAACCGGUCGCGUCGCCCCUGCCGGUACGUGGAGAUCAAGUUCGUCCUGCCCACGCCGGAGAACCCAAAGACGACCACGGGGAUCAUGCGCUUUGUCGAGGCCGCCGUGCGUCAGAUCCCGUGCGUCAUGCGGUUCGACGAGCCGGACACGAUGCCGCUGGGCCUACCCGGGGAGCCCAGGGAUCCGUUCUUCUCUCCGCGCAUCGGCGUGUCGCGCCUCCUGCCCGAGGGCGUCGAGAUCACGGUCCAGUGCGUGGUGGGGCCCGUGGAUUCGCCUUCGACUGGAGACGCGCUGGCGCAGCAGGCCGUGUCCGAGAUCCUUGUCACGAUUCAGGGAGUGCUGCAGCACGAGGACCUCUGGAUCGCUGCCCCGAUCGAGCGGCGGGUCUACGAGACCGUUCCGACUCACAUGCCGCUGCGGCAGCCGGCAAACUUCCCCCUCUCUUGA